ACACAAUCUAGCCGUAUUCUCCACCGAGUCACUGACUCGAGAGACUGUGUAGCUACAGUCAAGUAGUGGAGCAUACACAUCGCACCUGAUUCUGGACAAAAGAGCGCUGAACAAAUCGUAGAGUAGCCAGCAGCACUCGUCCUGUUGCCAUGGCGAACGACGCAGACGAGUAUCUCUCCGACGAAGAGGAACUGGAAUGCCCUCUGUGCAUGGAAGAGUUUGACAUCUCUGACCGUACCUUCAAACCUUGCACCUGCGGCUACCAGAUCUGCCGAUUCUGCUACAACCGCAUCGUCAACUCCGACACUGCAAACGGUUGCCCUGCGUGUCGCAGGCAAUACUCGGAGGAGACUGUGGAAUUCAAGCCACUCAGUGCAGAAGAAUGGAAGAAGGAUCAACAAAGAAUCCAAUCUCGCAAGUUGAAGGAGAAGGAGAAGCGAGAGCUCGAAAUGGCGAGCAGGCGACAUUUGUCCAACAUGCGCGUUGUGCAGAAGAACCUUGUCUAUGUGAUUGGAUUCUCGCCGAAAGCAGCAGACGCUGACCUAGCGUCCACACUCCGCGGAAGCGACUACUUUGCGCAGUACGGUAAAAUCAACAAAAUCGUGGUCAACAAAAAAUCGCAUCCAAAUGGACAACCUACAGUGGGUGUGUACAUCACGUAUGCUCGCAAGGAGGAUGCUGCACGAGCUAUUCAAGCUGUUGACAACUCCAUGAAUGACGGCCGUGUACUCAGAGCAUCAUAUGGCACGACAAAGUACUGCUCGGCUUACUUGAGGCAGCAAGUCUGUCAGAACCCAAACUGUAUGUACCUACACGAGCCAGGGGAGGACUUGGACUCGUACACGCGUGAAGACAUGUCAACCAUUCAGCAUGCCGCCAAGGCUGCAGAGGGCAUCAAUGCAAACGCACUUGCAACACAUCACAUGCGUCGCCAGCCUUCUCAAAUCGCGUCUACUCCUGCAACUGAGGAAGCGCCUGUCGCUUUGCCACCCACUGUAUCAUGGGCCUCUAAGCCUACAGAAAGCGAGUCGCAAGUUCCAGAUGAAAGGCCCAAGCCAGAGUCCUUGCCUGCAAUUGAUUCUCGCAAACCUGUUGCAGUGCCAGAUAUUCCUCCGCCUCCCAGCCAAGCAGAAAAGGGUGCUGUCCAUCCUUCUGACGUCUUGCCAGCACCUGUACAACAGGCACUCAGACAUCCCAUCCUCGGCAAGACGCUCAAGACUCUCUUUACCGGCCGAUUUGAGUUUUCUUUCGCGCCUAGGCCCGGCCCUGGUCUGACUGAGCAAGAUAUCAAAGCAGCACAAGAAUUUCCCCAGCUCCUCACGUGGAACCCUGAUCUCAAGCGACCGUCAUCGCCGGGGAAAGCAGCAAGACACGCGCGUGCCAACUCUCGAUAUGCAUUUGCAGCGGAUGCUCGUACACCACCCCCUGGUUUUGUUCCUCCUGGACUUGCUUCAGGUCAUCAGCCUCCUGGUUUUGCAGAGAGCGAGGCGCCGAUUCAGGGAAAAGAUGCGGAUUACUUUGCACAGUAUUUAGGCAACAAUGGCGAAAGGCUAGCUGGAGCUAUGGAUAACGCCUUCCUAGGCAAUGCGCGGGGUAGCAACAUGUCGAUCCUUAAUCAAGGUAUGUCGGCCACUAAUGGCAGGAGGCACUAAGGGGAGUCUUCCAGGCUUCUUCCUGGGUGACUCAGACUAUGGACUGCGAAUGUGCUGGUCAUCUUGUUGCUUUGUAUAUCUAUUUUGUUUCCCAACCGCCGAGAAAUGGAUAUACAUCAUCAUCUUGCUCCUCCAUCCUCUCGUUCCUGUCUGAUGCCACAAGUGCCUCCUUGCAAGCUUCAAAUACCGUGUCUAAUCCAAAUAGGUUCACUUGACGCGCAAUAUACUUUCCAGCAGAAUGAUGGUGUAUUUGCAUCUGACCAGUCUCUUGAUGCCAG